CCAGUGCAAGUGUAUUAUAUCAUCAGCAAAAUAAAUGCUUGUGAAUUGAAGCAUGUCGCGUCGCGCCUUUCGAACAAAGCAGCAGCAGAAGCAGUGAAAAUUCAACGCGAGACUGCAGGGUGAAAACGGCGCCAUUUUAAGAAACAAAACAAAGCCACAAGCAAAAGCAGAAAGCAAAACUUGAAUGCGAUGCAAUUAAAGGCGCAAAAAGCAUUUGCAUAUGCCCAAAUACCAAUUACAAUAUUAGUGUGCAUAAUCAAUUAACACUAAAAAGAAAAAUAAAAAAAAACCUCCGCCCUCGAGUCGAAAUAUGAGCAGUGGCCAAAAUGAGGCAUCAGCAGCAGCAGCAGGAAAAAAGGAAAAGGUUUUCGAAACGCAGCAACGUACACAAGAAUCCGGCAGUGAAAAUGAGGAAACUGAUUCCAUUACGGAUCAAUCGAGUCAAUCGAAGUCAACGAAAUCAGCAACACAAUUUAGCGUGCAACGUUCGGAUACUGAUGGACUUCGUAUGAGAAUAUCUGCCAUAAGAAACCCGCCAUUGACAACAGCUACAAGUCUAUCAAACUCAACAGCUACAAAGGAAAUAGCAACUAAAACAGCAGCAGGAGUGCAACAGCAGCAGCGGCGACUGUUGAAAACAGUUCGCAAGAAGCUGACAAAGGUGCGCAAAAUGAGCGAGGCUCAGGAAACGAGCGGCUGCUCAACAACGGAGGCCAGGGACAAGGAGAAGGUCAACUUGUCCACUGUAAACACAACCAAAAAGAUUAAAGUCAAGCGAAGGAAAAUUGCGCAAAAGACCAGCAGCAGCAACAUUAAAAAUACUACCCACAAUAACAAUAAUAAUAAUAAUAACCAUAGCAAAUCACAUCGGACGACGUCAGCAGCGUUUAGCUCCGAUUCUGAGGACAAUUUGCCGCUGCAAGUGCAUAUACAACGUGCGCCACGUCUGCUGCUGACAGCGAUUGGGAUUAGUCAAGGGCAGGGCGAUAACAUGGGCAUCACCAGCAGCGACAACGAAGCAGCCGAUCUGGUCAAGGCGGCCAUCAAGCGCGUCGAAAGUGAUACCGAGGACAACAUCAGUGUGGCAGCAGCAGCUGUUGCUGCCAAAACUAGGCAACAAUUGCCGCAAUACCAAUCUACGCUGCUGCAGGACUUUAUGGAGAAGACACAAAUGCUGAAUCACACGGGCAACUCUGUGAGCUUAGUAACUCCAGCAGCAACUGCUGCUCAGCCAAAAGCAACAGCAGCUGAAAACAAGAACAGCAGCAGCAACAACAACAAUAACAAUAACAACACGCAGCCGUUGCAACAGCAGCAACAACAACGUAAGCGACGCGGUCGUCCAAAAAAGUUGCAGCCAAAUGUUGCUGCUGCCGCUGUGACUGCUCCGCUGCAAUCUGUGGCAGUGCCCACGAUCAAUGAGUCAGCGGAUUCGGGUGUGAUCAGCACGACACCAUCGCCAAAAAUGCAGCAGGCGCUGGUGAGCGAUAAUGCCAAGCCCAAAAUCGAUAUGGCCUAUCUGGAUAAGCGGAUGUAUGCAACGGAGCGUGUGCUGUAUCCCCCGCCGCGCAGGAAGCAGCGACAGGGCAACAGACAGAAGGCCAACAAGGAAGAGCUGCAGCUCGAUCCGCUCUGGCGCAAAAUCGAUGUGAACAAAAAGUUUCGUUUGCGUGCCGUUAGUGGCUAUAAAAGUGAUGGCGGUGGCAUCGCUACCGUCGGCAGCGUCACCACAAGCACCAUUUGCAGCAAAAUCCUCGCAGCCAAAAGCGGCUACGUCUCGGACUAUGGCAGUGUGCGGCAUCAGCGGCACAAUCACAACUCGGGCUACAAGUCCGAUGCGAGCUGCAAGAGUCGCUACAGCAGUCGCAGCUGCACCAGUCGCCGCAUGAGUCGUGCCAAGAGCUGCGGCUAUCGCAGCGAUUGCAAGGAAUCGUCCGGAAAAUCGAGCAAAUCGAUGCGUCGACGCAGACGCGCCUCCAUGCUGAAGAGCAGCCAUGAGACGGCAAAUGCGAAUGCGUUAAGCGAUGAGCACGAUCUGGACAUAUUGCAGCUGGCCGGACUGUCGCUGGGCCAGAGCAGUGAGGAGAGCAACGAGUACAUUAGCAAGCCUAGUCUCAAGUGUUUGCCCAGCACCAGUGCCAGCAAGAAAUAUGGUGAAAUCAAUCGAUUUGUGGCAACCGGCCAGUAUUUUAGUGGAGCUGCGAAGCCAGCAACAGGCGCACAGACUGGGGGAGCCACUCCCACAGCAACAACGCCAGCAACUACAACAGCGGACAGUUUUAUACAGGGUAAAAUGCUGUUGCAGCGCAAGCACUCAAUCAGUCAGGACACGAUUUUGCCCAGCAAGAGCGCGUGCAAGAUCAAGAGUCGUCGCUCAUCGGCGGCGAGCAUGUGCAGCAGUUACGUGUCCGGUGCAUCGCGAGUGCGUCGUCGGCAUCGUCGCAAGAGUUUCAGUCAUGCCAAAUCGCUGAACAUCGACUCAAAGCUGCUCACCGAGAUCGAUAUAAUAGCGAGCACGUUUCAUGCUCGCUGUCGCAUACAGGACGAUCGCUUGACGGCGAGCAGUGGCAAGGAGAAGCUGCUCGCCGAUGCCAACAAGCUGCAGGCAGCAACGCUCACAGCGCCAAUUGCGGCCACGUUGCAACCGUUGCUAAAUGGCGGUGGCAGCAGCAAUAGCACAGCGCCACCGACGCCGGCAACAACAACAAAGCCGUUGAAGCGGGCGCUCAAGAAGCGCAAACCCAACGAGCCAUUGAUCGACUUUGCCAUGCUCUCGGCCAGCGCUGGCAAUGCGAAUGGCAUCAGUAGCAACAGCGGCAGCAGCAACGGUGCCAAGCGACGGCAUAAGAAAUCGAGCAGCAACAGCGGCGGCAGCAACAGCUCUAGUCCCGAUGAUCACAAGCUGCCGUUAAAGAAGCGACACUAUUUGGUCACCACAACUGGUGCCGAGGUGGCGACCGCUUUCGCAAGCAACGGCGGAAAGCUGGAUGCCGAAGCAUGGGCAGCUGCUGCUGCGGCGGCUAAGAGCAGCGCCAACACCAAAGCCCAGGCGCAGUUCAAUGCCAAGAAGUUGACGCCCAAGAAGCGCCAUUUGCUUGUGAGCCAGGAGGCAACCGGCGGAGGAGUUGCGGCUGCUGCACCUGGCGGCAAUGACUCACCACUGCGCAUUGUUGUGGACAACAAUUCGAUAAGUGGUGGCAAGCUGCUGGACAUAAGUCCAAGCUCGCUGUGCUCCCUCAAGCAACAGCGGCGUCAGGGCGGCAAGUCAAAGAGCUCAACGGUGGCAGGUUCUGGUGCAGCAUCAGCAGCUGCACGUGAGCUGCCCCAGCAUCAGCAGCAGCUACGAUCGCCCGCAGGCAGCAACAGCUGCCCGCCGCCAGGCAUCUUUGAGCCGUCCGUGGAGCUUGAAAUCCAAAUACCCAUAGCGAAGCUAAAUGAAUCUGUCAUCACGAAAUCGGAGGUGGAAUCACCGCUGCUCGCUGCACUCGAUAUCAAAGAGGAUGCCAACAAGAAGGAGCAAUGCCAGCGCGUGCUGGAAACGCUGCUGCACAAAACUGGCGGCAAUUUGUUGCUGAAACGCAAGCGCAAGAAAAUCAAUCGCACCGGUUUUCCCACAGUGCGACGCAAGAAGCGCAAGGUGAGCAUCGAACAGGCAACAAUCCAACAGCAGCAGCAGCAGCAAUCGCCACUGGAGCAACAGCAGCAGCAACAACAACAACAGCAGCCACAAUUGCCGGCGCGCGAAACACGCAGCAGCAGCACGCUGACAGCAGCUGUGGCCAUGGACUGUGAGCGGGUACCGUCGACAGGGGAGGCACGGGAAACAUUUGUGGCACGCAGCAGCAAUCAGCGCACGCCCCGUCUGUCUGUCGUAGCGCUGGAGCGCUUGCAGAGACCACAAACGCCCGCCAACAGCAGCAGUGCCACUGGCAACGCUCGAGGCAGGCCACGCGGCCGAGGCAGACCCCGGCUGCAGAAACCACCCGAACCGCCAGCUCCACCCCUGCUGCAGGUGCAACCGGCUAAGAAGCGUGGACGCGCUGCCAAGCAAGCGGAGGUGAAUAUCAUGCCCAGGCUGGAGCAGAAGCUGGAGCCUAGCAUCAAACUGCCGGCUGGCAUUGAUCCCAAUACAAAUUUUAGCUGUAAAAUUCGCUUAAAGCGACGCAAAACCAUUCAGCAACAGCAACAGGAGGCCGCAGCCAAAAUGCAGCAGCAACACCAACAGAAGCCUCAGCAGCAGCAACACCAGCAGAAGCCUCAACAGCAGCAGCAGAUGCAGCCAGUGCCAGUGAUAGAGGCAACCACGCCGCCAACUCAUGAUGAGCACAUUAAAAUCGCAGCAGAAGCGGAAGCGAAGCGCUUGCAGCAACCAGUGCCGCCCAAUGAGCAUGAACCUUUACCCGCCCAUGAAUCAGCCUCCAAUUUGGCCACCGACUAUGCCAGUUGUAGUGAUACCAGCGAGGAUAAAUGCAGCACUGCAUCACAGCGAAAGCGAACGAAACUAAAGAAAAACUAUUUAGUUGCGGGUCUCUUUUCCAACUACUUUAAGCAGCUGCCAGUUGCUGCAGCAGCACCUGCAACAGCAGUAACAACCACCGCAAAUGCAGUCACCUCUUCUUCGGCCAAGCAGCAGGCAAGUAGGAGAAUUGCCGAUGGGGAACAUCAGCAGCAGCAGCUGCUAGGCAGCUCCUUGUUGCCAGCGCCCAUAUAUUGUGAGCGUUAUUUCCGACGCAGUCGGAUGGACUUUGAGUUGCCCUAUGAUAUUUGGUGGGCUUACAGCCAUGACAAGCUGCCCACGCGGCAUGUGGUGCCGUCGUGGAACUAUCGCAAAAUACGCACCAAUGUUUAUGCGGAGUCGGUGCGUCCCAAUAUUGCUGGCUUCGAUCAUCCCAACUGCAAUUGCAAGCCCCAAGCGAAUGGUGCUUGUCUGGACAAUUGCCUGAAUCGCAUGGUGUACACGGAAUGUGCUCCUAGCAAUUGUCCCGCGGGCGACAAGUGUCGCAAUCAGAAGAUCCAGCGUCAUGAGGUCGCCCCCGGCGUGGAGCGUUUCAUGACCACGGACAAGGGUUGGGGUGUGCGCACCAAGCUGCCCAUUGCCAAGGGCACCUACAUAUUGGAGUAUGUCGGUGAGGUGGUAACGGAGCGUGAGUUCAAGCAGCGCAUGGCCAGCAUAUAUCUCAAUGAUACCCAUCACUAUUGCCUGCAUCUGGAUGGUGGCCUGGUCAUCGAUGGGCAACGCAUGGGCAGCGAUUGUCGCUUUGUGAAUCACUCGUGUGAGCCCAAUUGUGAGAUGCAGAAGUGGAGCGUGAACGGUUUGUCGCGCAUGGUGCUCUUUGCCAAGCGUGCCAUUGAGGAUGGCGAGGAGCUCACCUACGAUUACAAUUUCUCGCUAUUCAAUCCCUCCGAGGGUCAACCCUGUCGCUGCAAUAUGCCGCAGUGUCGCGGUGUCAUUGGCGGCAAAUCGCAACGCAUUAAACCGUUGCCAGCAGAACUGAAAACGGCUGGGGGUGUGGAUGGUGCAUCUACUGGUACUAAGGAUGCCAACGGGAAUCAGAAUGGCCGACAGCGCAAACACAAAGCCAAGAAGCAUGCACAACGACUACUACAAGCGGCCAAGGAGGCGGAAGUUGUGGCGGCGGCCCGUGUGCAGCAGUUGUCCGAAAAGGAGAAGAAACUGGUCAAACAGUAUAACAUCUUUCUGGUGCGCAACUUUGAAAAGAUUCGCCGCUGCAAGGCCAAACGUGCUGCGGCCGCAAAAGCAACAGCGGCUUCUUCAACAGAUGCCAGUGAUGUACCUGGACGGCGUCCAUCGACACCAUCAUCGAGUUCAAUGCUGGCCGCACAAAUCUCGGCACUCUGCACGCCGCGCAACAUGAAGACGCGUGGCCUCACUCAAGCCGUACAGGAUCCCGAGUUGGAGAAGAUGGCCAAAAUGGCGGUGGUGCUGCGUGACAUUUGCAGUACACUCGAAUCACUGAAGAUGUUCGAGCUGCUUUCCACUAUAGCAAGCAGCAAGAAAAAGAAGCAGCUAAAGCCAGUGCGUCUCGAUUUUAGGACAAUUCAAACGCAAGUGGAACAGGGCCAUUAUAAGACGCCACAAGAAUACGAUGUGCAUAUGCAGCAGCUUUUCACGGAGGCGCGUCAACUGCACGGCGACGAUGAGGGUAAAUCCAAGGCGCUGCAAACGCUGCUGGCAAGCUACAAGCAGCAGAAGUCGGCCAGCUAUGCACAGCUGCUGGACAUACUUGGUAAACCGGAGGCACUGCACAGUUUCAAGCCCAAGGACGAGCAGGAUGAGGGGCCGAAGAAAGCGACUCAACCCAGCAUGGAGAGCAUAAAUCGAAAUCAAAACGAGAUUGCGCUUACCACAGAGCAACUGGCAGCAACCGAUGAGGAGGAUGUCAUACGCUGCAUUUGUGGCCUGUACAAGGAUGAGGGUCUGAUGAUUCAGUGCGCCAAGUGCAUGGUCUGGCAACACACCGAGUGCACGAAGGCGGACAUCGAUGCGGACAACUAUCAGUGCGAACGCUGUGAGCCGCGUCAAGUCGAUCGCGAAAUUCCACUGGAUGAGUACACGGAAGAGGGACAUCGCUAUUAUCUAUCCCUAAUGCGGGGUGAGCUGCAGGUGCGCCAGGGCGAUGCUGUUUACGUGCUGCGCGACAUACCCAUUAAGGAUGAGGCCGGCAAGGUGAUGCCAAGUCAGAAACACACGUACGAAACGAUUGGAGCGAUUGACUAUCAGGAAUGUGAUAUCUUUCGCGUCGAGCACCUGUGGAAGAACGAGGCGGGUAAGCGUUUCAUCUUUGGCCAUCACUUUUUGCGGCCGCAUGAGACGUUCCAUGAGCCAUCGCGACGCUUCUAUCCUAAUGAGGUGGUGCGCGUCUCUCUGUACGAGGUGGUGCCCAUUGAGCUGGUGAUUGGUCGCUGCUGGGUUCUCGAUCGCACCACAUUCUGCAAGGGUCGGCCCAUGGAGUGCAACGAUGAGGAUCAUUGUUAUAUCUGUGAGUUGCGGGUGGACAAAACGGCGCGUUUCUUUUCAAAGGCUAAAGCUAAUCAUCCGGCGUGCACCAAGAGCUAUGCGUUUAGAAAGUUUCCCGAGAAACUGAAGAUCUCAAAGAGCUAUGCGCCACAUGAUGUAGACCCAUCGCUGUUAAAGACGAGGAAGCAAAAGACUGAUAUAGAAGUAGCAGCAACGUCCAUCAAAUUGAGCAGGCAGGAACAGAAGGCGACCCAAAAUGUGGGCAGCAGAAAGCAGCGCAAUGCACAAAUGACGCUGGCAGUGACUGGUGCUUCAACUGGAUCGGCGGCAGAUACAGUUGUUCAAGUGCUGACACCCCUGCCGCCAAACGGACAGGUACUAAAAAAGAAGCGCUCCCGCUUGGAGAACGUUCUGAACACCAUGAAACUGAAAUGCCUGGAUGCGCAGACCGCGCAAGAGCAGCCAAUUGAUUUGUCCUAUUUGCUGAGUGGACGUGGCGCCAGACAACGCAAAACCAACGGCACCAACUGCGGUGGAAACAACAACAGCAGUAGCAACUCUGUGACGUCUUGCGCAUAGUGUAUGCAUAAAUAUCAAGCCAUGUACAUAAAUACAAAAAAAAUCGACUUCAGAGGCAUUGCGUUCUAUUUAUACAUAUUAAUAUAUAUAUACAUACAUUCUAUGUUUAGUCCUAUUUAAUAAGUUGUAAGCGCAUAAAACGGUGAUAGUAGUAAUUCUAGUUUGUAAAUUGUUAUGAACAACUUCUUGAGCAACUUAUAAUUAUGUACGAUUAUUAUGAUUAUUGCAAUUAUUUAUACAAAUGCGAUUAUUAUUAUUAUUGCAAUUA